AUGGGUUACCUCGCGCUGGCCUCCACGCUCGCCUCCCCAGUGCGCCCCCCCAAGCUGGCGGAGGCGGGGCGCUAUCUGGUGGCGGCGCUCCCCCUCUCCCUCGCGGAGGCCGCUGCCUGGGCGGAAGCGCUCGCAGUGCUUGAUAACAACCCGGGAAAGGGAGCAAGGGGUUUCUCGAACCCUGAUGAGCUGUACGCUUCCCUGCUCGUUCCUGAUGGCAAGGGGGAAGCGUACGCUUCCCUGCUCGUUCCUGAUGGCAAGGGGGAAGCGUACGCUUCCCUGCUCGUUCCUGAUGGCAAGGGGGAAGCGUACGCUUCCCUGCUCGUUCCUGAUGGCAAGGGGGGAGCGUACGCUUCCCUGCUCGUUCCUCCCGUGUAUCCCACACUCCCUGCCCCUCUUUUGCACCUUCUCUUUCCUCGUUAUCUCACGCUCCUCAUCUUUGUGCCCAUCUUCCUCUCGUCUCCCGGCCACAUCUCCAUUUCUGCAGACCCCACGCUCACUAUGAGUGUGACAACAGCGCUGGGAGGCAAGGUGCCAGGCGUCGCAGUGAGUGUGACAACAGCGCUGGGAGGCAAGGUGCCAGGUGUGGCAGUGAAGCUGCAGAGUGCCACCAUUGGGGGCGGCAGUGCUGCAUCGGGCAAGGAGCUCACAGCAGGCAAGGACGGCGUCUCCUUCUCCGCCAAGCCAUUCUCCAAGGCCUCUACUCUGGGAGUCUACACGCUCAAGUUCAAGUCAAGGCAAGUCAAGGCAGUCAAUAUUGGGGGCGGCAGUGCUGCAUCGGGCAAGGAGCUCACAGCAGGCAAGGACGGCGUCUCCUUCUCCGCCAAGCCAUUCUCCAAGGCCUCUACUCUGGGAGUCCACACGCUCAAGUUCAAGUCAAGGCAAGUCAAGGCAGUCAAUAUUGGGGGCGGCAGUGCUGCAUCGGGCAAGGAGCUCACAGCGGGCAAGGACGGCGACUCCUUCUCCGCCAAGCCCUUCUCCAAGGCGUCUACCCUCGGGGUCUACACUCUCAAGUUCAAGUGGAGGAGCGCUCCUCUGCUGCUCUCCCUGCUGUGGAUUAGCAGAAACUCCGAACCACCUGUGCCUGUUUCUCUCCUUCCCACCUUCCCCACCCUCCCCACGCUCCGCACCUCCUUCCCUGUUCGCCUCCUUCUCUUGCGCUUCCCUCGUCCCCCAGAUCACCCCUCCUGCGGAAUCAGUCUUCAUUGUCAGCAGUGCGUCAGUGGAGCGCCCUCUGCUGCUCUCUGCGUCCAUGGCACCUUCUUGCAUCUUCUCAACCACCUGUGCCUUCUUCUCUCCUUCCCACCCUCCCCACCCUUUUCUGCUUCCCUCGUCCCCCAGAUCACCCCUCCUGCGGAAUCAGUCUUCAUCGCCGGCAGUGCAUCAGUGGAGCGCCCGCUGCUGCUCUCUGCCUCGAUGGCUGUCACUGGCGUGUCCGUUGCCGUGCUGGACAGCGAUGGCGCCACUCCUGAGUCCGAGAAGAAGCUGGACUUUGAGAAGAGGACAAACUUCACCGACCUGUCUGCCACCCACCUGCAGAAGCUGCGUGUGUCGCUCUCCCUCGCCACACCCUCGGGGAAGGCCUUCAUUCCCCACCAGGCCGUGCUGCAGCUGGUGAACAGCAUCGGCAUGGCCUACUCCUUCCUGCUCAAGCCGUCCGGCAGCACCCUCUCAGUUCAGCUCGUGAGUGCACUCUUUCUGUGCGGCUCGCGAGUGCGGCCUUUCCUGCUACUGAGUGCUCAAGUUAUCCGGCAGCACCCUCUCAGUUCAGCUCGUGAGUGCAGCCUCUCCAGCUACUACCCUGCUGGCCUGCCCACUGCCCUGCUGGCCUGCCCACUGCCCUGCUGGCCUGCCCACUGCCCUGCUGGCCUGCCCACUGCCCUGCUGGCCUGCCUGUCCUAUGCUCUGGUAGUAUCAGGAGCCUCUGGAGCUGAUGGAGCGGUGCGGCUCUUCUACCACUCGGGCGAGUACACUCUCAAGCUCGUUUUGGACGACCAAGAGCUGCUGGAGAUGAUGGACCGCCUCUUCUACCACUCGGGCGAGUACACGCUGAAACUGAUCGUGGGCGAUGCAGUCAUGGACAACGCAUUCGACUGGCAGCUGGGCUCUGUGGACCUUGACCUGCCUGCUGCCCCAGAGACUGCCCCCAAGCUGCCCGCCCGCCCCGAGUCUCUGGCUGAGAGAUUCUCUGCCAAGCCCGAGAUCGCACAUAUCUUCCGCAAGCCGGAUUCCCGGCCGGCGUUUGUCGUCUCAUACUCGUUUGUGGCGCUCGUGCUGCUGCCGCUGGUGGUGCUGCUCGUGGGGCUGGCGGUGCUAGGAGUGAACCUCAAGGCCUUCCCCUCUGGGGGUGUGCCUCUCCUCUCAGCUCUGGCCUUCCACGGGGGAAUCGCUGCGCUCCUGCUGCUCUACGUUGCUUUCUGGGUGCAGGUGAAUCUGUUCACCACGCUCAAGCUCAUCCUUCUCCUCGCUGUCCUCACAGCCAUUCCCGGCCACCAAGUUCUCUCCUACCUUGCUGACGUAUACCAGGAGGGGACGCAUUUCAUCAUCCCCGGUAUUGAGUGGCCCAUUAUCUACGACGUGCGCGCGCGACCCCAUCUCGUGGAGAGCACGUCCGGCAGCCGCGAUUUGCAGAUGGUUCGAAUCACCCUGCGAGUGCUCACUCGCCCCAUGUCCGACCGCCUACCCACCAUCUACCGCACGCUGGGGCAGGACUAUGCUGAGAGGGUGCUGCCGUCGAUUGUCCAAGAGACUCUGAAAUCCGUGGUGGCUCAGUAUAACGCCAGCCAGCUCAUCACGCAGCGAGAGUCUGUGAGUCGGGAGAUCCGCCGUAUCCUGGAGGACAGAGCAGCGUCCUUCAACAUUGCGCUUGAUGACGUGUCGAUCACCAACCUCACGUUCGGCCGCGAGUUCACAGCAGCCAUCGAGGCCAAGCAGGUGGCGGCACAGGAGGCAGAGCGCGCCAAGUUCGUGGUGCAGAAGGCCGAGCAGGACAAGCGGGGAGCUAUUAUCCGAGCGCAGGGAGAGGCCACGAGUGCGCAGCUGAUAGGAGAGGCCAUUGCCAACAACCCCUCCUUCAUCACUCUGAGGAAGAUUGAGGCGGCCAGGGAGAUUGCCAACACUCUGGCCAAUAGCAGCAACCGCGUCUUCCUCUCCUCUGAUUCGCUGCUGCUGAACCUGGCUGACGAUAAGAGUGAUGCGCCGCCCGCUCCUGCUGCCACAACUGGCAAAAAGAAGUGA